AUGGCAGUUGAGCUUUACAGCAAAGUUAUUGCACGACAAGUUGCCACUGCUUUAUAUCCUCUUCUUGCCAACGUUGGAACAUAUGUGCUCAAAAACCUAAUUCGAGCUGUAGUGAAUAUUGCAAUACGACGUCCUGUAAACAUUGCUGAUCUUCAAAUCGACAAAUCAAUAUUCCGCGAUUUAUCAGUAUUGAAAAGCGACAGUAAAGAUCGAUGGAAUCAUGUAUUUACCAAUAAAUAUGGUCAUGUGAAACCCCAAACAGAUGAAGAAAGAGGGGUGGUAGCAUUGGCAUUGGAAAUGGUACGGAAACUUGGUGAACGUGUUCCUAUUUUGAGCAAGGCUGCUGAACCUUUCAAGCGGAAAUUUGAGCUCUAUUUCAAAGAUUCAAACGUAAGAAUGUGGGUACGAGAAUGUCGCCAAGGAGAUUCAGAUAACUAUUAUAUCGAAAGUGGUGGAAUGUACAUCGAUUGCAAAGCAGAUCCAAAUGAACUUGAUACUGGUGGUGAACUUUUGAAAAUACUCUAA